UGCCUAGCUCUGCUCCCACAGGCUCCCAGAAAUCUCAGUUCAGAGGACACGGACUGCCUCUGGAACUCUUGUGUGGUGGGACCAUGAACUGGCAACAGCUGUGGUUGGGCUUCUUACUCCCCAUGACAAUCUCAGGCCGGGCUCUGGGGCCUGCAGAGAAGAAGGCAGCUGUGGAUUAUCUGUUGCAAUAUGGGUACUUACAGAAAUCUCUAGAAGGACAGGAUGAUUUCAGGCCAGAAGAUAUCAUGGAAGCUCUGAGAGUUUUUCAGGAAGCAUCUGAGCUGCCAGUCUCGGGUCAGCUGGAUGAUGCCACAAGGGCCCACAUGAAGCAGCCUCGUUGUGGUCUGGAGGAUCCCUUUAACCAGAAGACACUUAAAUACCUACUUCUGGGCCGCUGGAGAAAGAAGCACCUGACCUUCCGCAUCUUGAAUCUGCCCUCCAGGCUCUCAUCCCGCACAGCCCGGGCAGCUGUGCAUCAAGCCUUCAAUUACUGGAGCAAUGUGGCCCCCCUGACCUUCCGGGAGGUGCAAGCUGGCUGGGCUGAUAUCCGCCUCUCCUUUCAUGGCCGCCAAAGCCCAUACUGUUCCAAUAAGUUUGAUGGGCCUGGGAGGGUCCUAGCCCAUGCUGACAUCCCAGAGCUGGGCAGCGUACACUUUGAUGAAGAUGAGUUCUGGACUGAGGGGACCUACCAGGGGGUGAACCUGCGCAUCAUUGCAGCCCACGAACUGGGUCAUGCCCUUGGACUUGGGCACUCCCGAUACACCCAGGCACUCAUGGCUCCUGUUUAUGCUGGCUACCGGCCCUACUUUGAGCUGCACCCAGAUGAUGUGGCAGGGAUCCAGGCUCUCUAUGGCAAGAAGAGUCCAGAGACAAAGGAUGAGGAGAAGGAAGAGACAGAGGUCCUCACUGUACCACUAGUGCCCACAGAACCCAGUCCCAUGCCAAACCCCUGCAGCGGUGAACUGGAUGCUAUGAUGCUGGGACCCCAUGGGAAGACCUACGCUUUCAAGGGGGACUAUGUGUGGACUGUGACAAAUUCAGGUCGGGGCCCCUUGUUCCGAGUGUCUGCCCUUUGGGAGGGUCUCCCAGGAAACCUGGAUGCUGCUGUGUACUCUCCUCGAACUCAAUGGAUUCAUUUCUUUAAGGGAGAUAAGGUGUGGCGCUACAUUAAUUUCAAGAUGUCUCCUGGCUUCCCCAAGAAACUGAAUAGAGUAGAACCCAACCUGGAUGCAGCUCUGUACUGGCCACUUAAUCAAAAGGUGUUCCUCUUCAAGGGUUCAGGUUACUGGCAGUGGGAUGAGCUGGCACGAACUGACUUCAGCCGCUACCCCAAACCAAUCAAGGAAUUGUUUACUGGAGUGCCAGACCAGCUCUCUGCUGCUAUGAGCUGGCAGGAUGGCCGUGUCUACUUCUUCAAGGGCAAAGAGUACUGGCGCCUCAACUGGCAACUUCGAGUGGAGAAAGGUUAUCCCCAGAAUAUUGCCCACAAUUGGAUGCACUGUCCUCUCCAGACCCCAGCCACUAUCUCAUCAGUUGGGGAUGAGACUGCCUCAGUCACAGGCACAAUCUUGAGUACACUCCCUCAGCCAUGGAUACUACACCGUUCACCAACAGACUCAAUCAUGGACAUUACCCUUUCAGAUACAGACUCUGCCACUCUUUCACUCCCUGCUAAUGUCACCCUCCAAGAGGUCUAAGACCUAACCAAAUGUCUGCUAACUAAAACUAAGCAGGUGCUACAGUCCAGGCAUGAACCAUAGACCUCAUGUCUCUAAAGUUCCAACUCUUGUCACAAUUUCCUGAGUUCUUUCCUUUCUGGGAAGUACUCCUUUAAUUUUCAUUCAGUCACCAACUCCAUCCAUUUUCUCCUCAUAUUAGAUGGCACUUCUAACUGUGCCAUCUACUCUCUGGAAGACAAUGGUGGAGGGAAUUGUCUACCAGAUCUUUAGCAGAUAGGAGCCAAUAGCUAGGGAGGCUGGAUACCUGGGUCCUGUCUUCCUAGAUAUAAUGCAAGAAAACAGCAUGGCCAGUUAAAAUGAGAAAGGACUUUGGAGUCCUUGAAAAUCAUAUUCACUUGCUCGUAACUUUGGACAAGCUUAUUAAUCUUGUUGAACACUGAAUUCCUCAUUUGCAAAAUAAGGCUAAUAUUAACCCUGCAGGGUUAUUGCAUUAAAUGAAAUACUAUAUGUGAAAUGCCAGGCACAGUGUCUGGCACACUUGUGUUUAAUAAAGGCUUAUUCCAUGU